AGAGGGAGACGUGUGAGUGUAUGUCAGUGAGUGUGUAGUCAGAGCUAAAGAAAGACCAAGAUGUCGACCACAGCUGAGUAUGACUGUAUAGUGAUCGGGGCCGGGGUCCAGGGCUCGUUCACGGCCUAUCAGCUGGCUCAACACAACCAGAGGACUCUUCUGCUGGAGCAGUUCGUCCUGCCCCACACCAGAGGGAGCUCCCAUGGCCAGACGCGCAUCAUCCGCAAAGCUUACGAUCAGGACUUCUACACCCACAUGAUGGAGGAGUGCUACGAGCUGUGGGCUCAGCUGGAGAGGGAGGCGGGCGUAAAACUGUACAGACAAACAGGACUCCUGGUGAUGGGACCAGAGAAGAGUGUGAAUUACCAGCAGUAUAAGAGCACCCUGCAGAAAAACAAGGUUCCCAUGGUGACCCUGACCCCUGACAACUUCAGCCAGCACAUCCCCCAGAUCCACCUGACUGAGGGAGACGGAGCGGUGGUGGACGUCACUGCUGGAGUUCUCUUCGCUGACCGGGCACUUAAAACUGUACAGGGGCAGUUUCAGAAGCUGGGUGGGAUCAUAAGAGACAAAGAGAAGGUAACAGACAUCGAGCCUGGGCCUGUUGUCACCGUGUCAACCACUGCUGGUGUUUAUCGAGCUAAGAGUGUGGUGAUCACCGCUGGACCCUGGGCCAAUAGACUGCUGGCCCACACUGGCUUACAGCUGCCACUAGAGGUGACGAAGAUGAAUGUGUGCUACUGGAAAGAGAAGGUUCCUGGAUCCCAUGGCGUGGAGCAGCGUUUCCCCUGCUUCCUGGUGACUGAGUCUGAGGAGGCCAGAGCCCACAUCUAUGGCCUCCCCUCCAACGAGUACCCAGGCCUGUUGAAGAUAUGUUACCAUAUUGGCAAACGAACAGACCCAGACCAGACGAACAAGCAGACGGACAGGUCUGACAUUGACAUCCUCCAGCGCUACAUUGCCCGCUGUCUCCCAGGCCUGGACCCUGAACCUGCAGUGGUGGAGAGCUGCAUGUAUACGAUGACGCCUGAUAGUGAUUUUGUGCUGGACUGUCACCCCACCUACAGUAACAUUGUGAUUGGAGCAGGAUUCUCAGGUCAUGGCUUCAAGUUUGGACCAAUCAUUGGCAAGCUCCUGUGUGAACUCAGCAUGGGAAAGGUGUCCUCCUAUGACCUUUCCCCUUUCCGAAUCCGACGCUUCCAAGGAAAGAGCAAAUCGGCUUUAUAGAGUUGCUGCUGGAGCCUCAACAUGUCAUCGUGUCUCGUAUAAUUCUAAUUGGAUUCCUCAUGAAGUGGACACCUAUUCUAAAUGGCUGCAAAAAGAGCUAGAGAGCUUGAAUAUCAAGUGUAGACUCAUCACCACUAUUGUUUUAACACUACGCAGUUUCUGGGAGAUGCUUGUUGCACAGUGCUAUAUGAUGCCAUUAUACUAUAUACAGCUCCCAUUAUACAGACCUGCUUUUGAAUGGAUGACAUAAGAAAUAACGUGUGGAAGAAGUCUAGUUGUUCUCGAAACCACAAUAAUGUUGUUUAAUUUACCAGCAAUAAACCUUACACUGCCUCAAUUUGAACUGAUAGAUUGUGAAAAAUGUGUGGUGCAAUUGUAAAAUCACCCUUUUGAGACAUAUGGAUGGUAAUAAAAAAAGCUAUAUUCUUA